UUGUUAAAAAAAUCUGCAGAAAACAGAUGUCCAAAAAAUCAAAAAUCCUAAACCUUCCAAUUACAAACUAAAACCUCUUUUCUUUCUUUUUCUUUUCUUUUUCUAUUGCAAAAUAAAAGCUUCAAGAAAGUUCAUUUAGACACGCAAAAGGUUAGCAAGCAAAAACAUAUGGAUCCGCAUAAGCAAAGCGAUUUCUUAACUCAGUCAUUGACGCGGGAUUCUACAACUCAGUGGACUCGUUUGGAGGAUAAGCUGUUUGAGGAUGCGCUGGUUAUCUUCCACGAAGAAGCCUCUGAUCGGUGGCAGAGGAUUGCCGACAGGAUUCCUGGAAAGUCGGCUAGAGAAGUGAAAGAGCAUUUUGAUGUGCUUGUACACGAUGUUUACGAAAUCGAUGCCGGUCGAAUUGAAGUUCCUAAUUAUGCUGAUGAUUCAUCCGUGUUAUCGUCAAGUUGUGAUUCCGAAAAUCAGAUAUCUUUCACUUCAAAAUCUAAACAACAUCAAGUAGACAACGAGAGAAAGAAAGGAACUCCGUGGACAGAAGAGGAACACAGGUUAUUUUUAAUUGGUCUGCAGAAAUUUGGUAAGGGUGAUUGGCGGAGUAUAUCAAGAAACGUAGUGAUAACUCGGACACCGACUCAAGUGGCUAGCCAUGCUCAGAAAUACUUUCUUAGACAGAGCUCCAUAAGGAAGGAGAGGAAAAGAUCGAGCAUCCAUGACAUUACAACAGUCGACAACAGUAUGGUCGAUGCACCUGUUGAGCAAAAUUGGGUGUCAAGUGGUCAGGCAUCUUCACUGCAACAAUUGCCCCGUCCAAACUACUUACCUUCCGAUGAUGGGUCCUUAAUGUAUCAAAACUAUGGUUUUCCGAUGUAGAGAUAGAUCAGAGCUCCAAACUCGCUUGAUACCAUUGCAGGCUUAUUCAAUUCUUUGAACUUAUCUGCAAGUUCACGUGUACCUAACUUUUCUUUCAUGCAAUAUCCUAUAGUGUGGCAGUGACCGAGGCUAGUCUCUAUUGCUUCAUUUUUCUUUCAAGUUCAUCUUAAUUCUCAAUUGGUUUGGACAAACUUGGCUGUUAUUUUGAAUCUGUGGCAUUGCAGAUGGAGGUAAGCCUUCUAACAUCGGAGACAACAAAAAUGCAGACUGAUAUUCGAAUGAUCGUGUGGACUAAUUCGAACGAUUUAGAAGGACAUGUUAGCUUGAAUAUGAUACUACCUUGCAUUACUUAAAUUUAAAACGGAUUCUCUGUAAGCUUUACUUUUUCAUUUUUCAGUCUUAGUCUUUAAUGUUGAACCGACCCUUGCUUUUUCUUAAAGUA